GCUGCAGCUGAUGUGCUUGUUACAGCGAAUCCUUCACAUAUAGAAAUAUUUCUUUAUUUACAGUCACAGCUGGAUCUGAUGCAGUAACAGUCAGAGAUGCUUCACUAUGGUAAACACACAGGACACUGAGACACGCGUGUGCAGAGGACAUCUGAUUCUGGCCACUAAAGAGAAAUCAUGGAGCCGUGCUCACCAGAGGAGGAAGAGAAGGUUCUGUUGAACAGCUACACUGAUGGAAGCUUCCACAAUGACCUGAACAUUGUCUGUAUUAAAGAGGAAGAAGCUGAAGAUGAUGAGAACCUCUACUGUGAGGAGUGCAAAUCCUUCUUCUUCAACAAGUGUGAGCUUCACGGUCCAGCUCUCUUCAUCCCUGAUACCUCUGUACCCACUGUGGUUCCAGACCGAGCCAGACAGACUCUUCCACCCGGUCUAGAGGUUCAGCAGUCUGGUAUUCCUGGUGCAGGUCUGGGGGUGUUUAAUAAGGGGGAGACCGUUCCAGUGGGUGCACACUUCGGACCCUACCAGGGAGAAGCGGUGGAUAAAGAGGAAGCCGUGAACAGUGGCUACUCCUGGGUGAUAUACAGGAGUGGUCAGGGUGAGGAGUACAUAGACGCCACGAGUGAGAUCCAUGCCAACUGGAUGAGGUACGUGAACUGUGCUCGUAACGAUGAUGAGCAGAAUCUGACGGCGUUUCAGUAUCGAGGAGGAAUCUACUUCAGAUGCUGUCAGUCCAUCAGCCCGGGGCAGGAGCUCUUGGUUUGGUAUGAAGAGAAGUACGCAGGAGAAGAUCUCAGCAUCACGUUCAAUCACAUCUGGAACAAGAAGUGCUCCACGAAUGAAGGUCAUAACGCUCCACUGCGAGUCUUCUCCUGCUCCUCGUGUCCGCUCUCCUACACAGCUCAGAUCUUCCUCCUCAAACACAUCAGGAGGUGCCACCACCAGGAGAACGUUCACCUCCCGAAACCAGAGGAGAUCAAAUAUGAAACUGUGAUGCCCACGAUCAGCUUCAGCACUCAACAUCCCUACGACGUUCUCAAUACCCAGAAUCCUCGUGGAGAACUUCAGAAGGACGUGUACCACUGCUCGGACUGUGGGAGGAGCUUCGCUCGGCGCAGUAACCUCCAGCGGCACCGGGUCAUUCACACCGGGGAGAAGCCGUAUCACUGCGCGGCGUGUGGGAAGAGCUUCACUCAGCAGAUCCAUCUCCAGGUUCACCAGCGCCUCCACACGGGCGAGAAGCCGUACCAGUGCUCCCAGUGCGGAAAGAGCUUCACUGUGAAGAACCACCUCAUCAGGCACCAGCACAUUCACAUAGAAGAGAAGCCGUAUCAGUGCCCGCAGUGUGGGAGGAGUUACGCUCACCAGAGCUAUCUCCAUCAGCACCAGCUUCUUCACACCAGCGAGAAGCGAUACCACUGCUCCCAGUGUGGGAAACGUUUUACUAACCACAGCGGUCUCAUCAACCACCAGCGCAUUCACACAGGAGAGAAGCCCUAUCAGUGCUCACAGUGUGGGAAGAGGUUUACUGUAAAGAAUAAUCUGAUUAGGCAUCAGGUCCUUCACGCGGGAGGAAAGUGAUGCUACGUUCCACACCGGACUCUUAAAGCACCGGCGCAUUCACACAGCUGAUGAGACUUGUCAGUGCUAAGCUACUUGCCGAAGUGCACUUAUACCAAACACUGUACAUAACGUAAAUGUGUUUUUAGUCAGUAUGGUGGCUGUAUAGCCUAGCUGUUGGGAGGUGGACAUGUCAGUGUGCUCUCAGUGCUGAUCAGUUGCAUCUUGAAGGGUAUCCGGCGUAAAAACUGUGCCAGGUGUGAAGACCAGAUUAAUCGUGGCGACCCUUUAUAUACUAUGUAUUUGCUAUAGAAGGUAGCUGAGAGAAAGGAAUACAUACAUUGGUCUUGACACCCUAAAAAGCAUCAACAGGGGGUUAUAGGUCACUAUAUUGUAUGUACAACCCCAAAUCAGAAAAAGUUGGGACAGUAUGGAAAAUGUAAAUAAAAUAAAAACACAGAGUUUCUUACAUUGA